AUGAAUAUGAAACUAAAGUGUGCGCUGAUUUAUGCCGAAGAAGUUGUUUGCUUUGCGACAGUGAAUGACUGGGAUUACUACUAUAUGCAACCAAUCAUUCAUCCUGUUAGCUAUAUUCCUGCUACACCAGAAAAUUCACAUCUUUGUUAUGGUGAGUUGAAUAAUACUGCCUAUCAGUCAUUUUGCUUUUCUAAAUCUCAUUUUGUGAUAUAUAUUCACGCAAAAAUUAGAAUCAAGGAAACUGCUUUAAAUGAUGGCGCUUUUGAAGCUCCCAGUGUCAAACGAGUUCAUUCUGUUAUACUUUCACAGUUAGGAACAUAG